AAAGUGAGCUUCGUCCACCGUCUUUUUGGUUUUGUUUCAGAGGGGUAGCUCAGCUGGCUUACAGCCUCGCUCCUAAACGCUCAAGUCAAUACUCGUCAAAAUGCUGAGAGCUCUCACUCGACGCUCACUUCCCUACCUCCACCCUCGCCGCCACCUCAAAUCCCCGGCCUCCACCUCCAGUUCAACCAUCCUCGAACGCCCUCUUAAGCCCACAUCCGCACGCCCAUUCUCCACGACCUCCACCUCCACCGCCAGCGACGCUGAGCUCCGCAAGUACCUCGGCUACGGAGCGUUGCUCCUCUUCUGUGGCGCCGCCACCUACUACUCCUUCCCCUUCUCAGAAAACGCCAAGCACAAGAAGGCCCAGAUCUUCCGCUACGCCCCUUUGCCCGAUGACCUUCACACUGUCUCUAACUGGAGCGGGACCCACGAGGUCCAGACCCGGAUCUUCCACCAGCCAGAGAACCUCCAGCAGUUGGAGAAUGUGGUCAACGAGGCCCAUCAGAAGAAAACCCGCAUUCGGCCGGUCGGGUCUGGCCUUUCUCCCAACGGUAUCGGGCUCUCCAGGGCCGGGAUGGUGAAUUUGGCGCUUAUGGAUAGGGUUUUGGAGGUGGACAAGGAGAAGAAGACGGUGAGAGUUGAGGCUGGGAUAAGGGUUCAGCAAUUAGUGGAUGGUAUCAAAGAUUAUGGCCUUACGUUGCAGAAUUUCGCGUCCAUUAGGGAGCAGCAGAUCGGUGGCAUUGUGCAGGUUGGUGCACAUGGUACCGGUGCAAGACUGCCUCCCAUUGAUGAGCAGGUCAUCAGCAUGAAACUGGUAACUCCUGCCAAAGGAACAAUAGAGGUUUCAAAAGAUAAAAAUCCGGAGCUAUUUUAUUUAGCUCGCUGUGGUCUUGGGGCCCUUGGUGUGGUAGCUGAAGUCACCCUCCAAUGUGUUGAGAGACAGGAGCUUUUGGAGCACACAACUGUGUCAAGCAUGAAAGAAAUCAAGAAAAACCACAAGAAAUUGCUAUCUGAUAAUAAGCAUGUGAAAUAUCUAUACGUUCCAUAUACCGACACUGUGGUGGUCGUGACAUGCAAUCCUAUUUCUAAAUGGAAAGGUCCCCCAAAGUUCAAACCCAAAUAUACUAACGAUGAAGCCCUUCAGCAUGUUCGUGAGCUCUACAGUGAGUCCCUACAGAAAUACAGAAAUAUUAAAGAUGAAUCUCCAGACAACUUUGAACCAGAUGUGAGUGAGCUAUCAUUUACAGAGUUGAGGGAUAAACUACUUGCCCUUGAUCCUCUCAACAAAGACCACAUCAUAAAGGUCAAUCAAGCUGAGGCUGAGUUCUGGAAGAAGUCAGAGGGAUACAGAGUGGGAUGGAGUGAUGAAAUAUUGGGCUUUGAUUGUGGUGGCCAACAAUGGGUUUCUGAGACAUGUUUCCCUGCAGGAACGCUAGCAAAGCCAAGCAUGAAAGACCUUGAAUUCAUGGAAGAGUUGAAGCAGCUCAUUGAGAAGGAAGAGAUACCUGCACCUGCUCCAAUAGAGCAGCGCUGGUCAGCUUGCAGCAGGAGUGCCAUGAGUCCUGCUUCAAGUUCAGCUGAGGAUGAUAUAUUCUCAUGGGUUGGUAUAAUCAUGUACCUUCCUACAAUGGAUGCACGCCAAAGAAAGGAAAUAACAGAAGAAUUCUUCCACUACCGUCAUCUGACCCAGGCAAAGUUGUGGGAUCGUUAUUCUGCUUUUGAACAUUGGGCUAAGAUUGAGGUUCCGAAGGACAAAGAUGAGCUUGCAGUUCUCCAAGCAAGGCUGAGGAAGCGUUUCCCUGUUGAUGCAUACAAUAAAUUUCGAAGGGAACUGGACCCAAACGGCAUCCUUUCUAAUAACAAGCUGGAGAAGCUGUUCCCAUUACCAGUUACCAUUUGAGAAGCAUCCUUUCUUGGUUAGUUAUUCAUCUAUAAACUUGUUUUUAUUAAUUAAUUUCCAAUGCCUCUGAUUUUUUCUCUCUGUUUGUCUGGCCACUGCUGCAAGGAUUUUUAGCACCCAUGUAUUGCUUGUAUAUUAAUAAGUGAAAGUCAAUAAAUUCAGCAAGUAUUUGUUGCUACUGAAAUGUGAGAUUUUUCCAAUAUAUUUGUUUCACUACUUUCAGUAA